AUGGCAUUUAAAACUCCUUUACUUGAAUACAAAGCUUGGGCUUACAAGAAUGGUAACCACCCCAUUGAGCUCAUCCAAGAGACUGUCAACUUGGUGAAAUCCGCCAACGGAGAAUACAUUGCCCCCGAUGGCAAAAUCUUGAUCAAGAUCAACUAUGCUUCAUUGAACCCGGUUGACUACAAAUUGUACAAGGCCAAACCAGCCUUCCUCAGUCUCAUCAACUCAAAACAAGGAUUCGGUAAGGAUUACUCCGGACAGGUUGUUUCAAUUGGUAAGAACACCGCCACUAAAGUCAAAGUUGGUGAUUUGGUCCAAGGUAUCCAAGCACCCAUGCUUGAUAGAGGAUCAUGUGCCGAGUACUUGCUCCUCGAUCCAACCAAGUCACCAAUUGCAACUAAAGCCACCAACAUCGAUCUUGCUCACGCCGCUUCAUUCCCAUUGGUGCUCGGUACCGCCAUGCAAAUCUCAAAAGGCUUGAAAAUAACUGGGGAAAAAAUCUUGAUUUUGGGUGCUGGUACUUCAGUUGGAAGAUAUGCGGUUCAAUUGUGUAGAUUGAAGGGAGCUAAAGAAAUUGUCACCACGAAUUCGGGAAAGAAUGAGGAAUUGAUUAGGGAAUUGGGUGCAACUUCACAGAUUGAUUAUAGAAAGAACCCAAAUAUCUUGCAACAGGUUUUAGAGAGUGUUAAGGAAUCGGGCCCAUUUGACCAUAUCUUGGAUACUGUUGGUGGAAAGGAAUUGUUUCCUGAGAUCAAAACCAUUUUGAAGAAAGGUGGUGCUUACCAUACAACCAACCCUGGUAGUUCCACUUUUGCAUUCCUUGCUUCUACCUUGAAGAAGAAGUGGGCUGCUUGGGGAUUCCUUGGUUAUGAUUAUAGCUUUGGAUUCUUGGACUAUAAUGGAGGCUGGAUUGAUACUGCUAGAGAUUUGGUUCAAGAUGGUAAAGUUAAGAUUUUCAUUGAUUCUGUUUAUCCAUUCAAUGAUUUGCAUGCAGCUGUUGAAAAGUUGAACAGUGGUAGGGCUCAAGGUAAGAUCUUGUUGGAAGUUGAAAAACCAACCAAGGAAGAGGAGUUGGAGGAGACAAGACAAGGUACACAAUUGUAA